GUACAACGUGCGCAGCUGAUGUACGCCAGAAGCUGAUGACGCUCAAAUCCUGCGACAUAUCGGACGUGCGUGUUGCUUAGCAACUCAGAUCACCUAAGAAACUCGCGUCCGCUAGAAUAUACAGGAAAAAUAUCAAUAUUCACAAUGCUGGAUGCCGCUUUAAGUUCAUAUGGUGCUCAGGUUGUCUUGGCUACAUCGAGUGAUGAGAAUUAUCCGCCACAGAAUAUAAUUGACGGAAAAACGGAGACAUUCUGGAUUUCAACCGGAUUGUUUCCCCAAGAGUUUAUCCUACGCUUUCCAGACAACAUGAAGAUAUUCACUAUUUCCAUUUACAGUUACAACAUUAAAAGGUUACGAGUAGAAAAGGGAACAUCAGAGGAUGCUGAUAACUUUGAAACAAUUGCAGAAACAGAAUUUGAACACACAGAGAGCAGCCUACAGACUAAUGAUAUUUCUGUAAAUGUACCAAAUGCAACACAUCUGCGGUUUCUCAUAUUGUCUGGAUAUGAUCAUUUUGUCUCUGUACACAAAGUAAGUGUACAAUCAUGAGACCACCUUCUGUGGUGUUUUAUAUAAUCACCUGUAUUUACUUAUGGAAAUGUCUCAACAGCUGAAUUACUCAUUGUUAUUUAUCAAAGUUUAUAUUUGUAUAUUUUUCUAAACCAAUAAACCUUGUUUCACCUCUUUUGCUUUUGUAAAUAAGUGCAAGUUAUGCUUGUGGAGUCUAUAUUCAGUUCAGUCCAGCUUUU